AUGAGUGUAGAGACUCGUGAUAAACAUGAUGAUGACUAUGGUAAUGAGGAUCAUAAUGCUGAUCAUGAUGAUCAAGAUAGUUAUCAAGAUGAUAAUGAUGGUGAUCAUAAUAAUUAUUAUGGUGAUAAUGACGGUGAUUAUACUGAUCUUUGUGUUGAUCACGAUGAUCAAGAUGGUGAUCAUGAUGAUCAUGAUGAUAAUUAUGGUGAUCAUAAUGAUCAUGUUGGUGAUUGUAGUGAGAAGGAUCGUGAUGGUUAUCAUGACGAUCAUUAUGAUCAUGAUGGUGAUCAUGAUGGUGAUCAUGAUGGUGAUCAUGAUGGUGAUCAUGAUGAUACUGAUGGUGAUCAUGAUGAUACUGAUGGUGAUCAUGAUCGUCAUGAUGGUGAUCAUGAUGUUCAUAAUGGUGAUCAUGAUGAUAAUUAUGGUGAUCAUAAUGAUCAUGUUGGUGAUUGUAGUGAGAAGGAUCAUGAUGGUUAUCAUGGUCAUGAUCACAACGGUGAUCAUGAUGAUAUUAAUGGUAAUCAUGAGGAUCAUGACAGUGAUCAUGAUGAUCACCAUUGUGAUCAUCAUGAUCACCAUCAUGAUUAUCGUAAUCACCAUCAUGAUUAUCGUGAUCAACAUCAUGAUCAACAUGGUCACCAUCAUGAUCAUCAUCAUAACCACAAUCGUGUGCAUCAUAAUUACAAUCAUGAUCAUCAUGAUAAUCAUGAAAGUGAACCCAAUGGCGGUCAUGAUAUUGGUCAUAAUGGUGAUCAUGAUUGUAAUCAUGAUGGUGAUCUGUAUGGUCAUCAUGAUCAUCAUGGUGAUCAUGACAGAAAUCAUUAUGAUCAUGUUGGUGAUCAUGAUACUAAUCAUGAUCUUUAUAAUGCUGAUCAUGAUAACCAUCAUGAUGAUUAUGGUGAUCAUAAUAAUUAUUGCGGUGAUAAUCAUGGUGACCAUGAUGAUCAUUAUGGUGAUCACGAUGAUCAAGAUGUUGAUGAUGAUGAUCGUAAUGAUGAUCAUGAUGAUCAUAAUAGUGAUCAUGACGAUCAUGAUGAUCAUACUGGUGUUCAUGAUGAUCAUGUUGGUGAUUAUAGUGAUAAGGAUCGUGAUGGUGAUCAUGAUCAUGAUCUUUGUGUUGAUUAUAAAGAUCUCAAUGGUGAUGAUGAUAAUCAUGACUGUGAUCACGAUGAUCAUGCUAAUCAUGAUAGUGAGGAUACCAAAACAUGGUGA